CCUCUCUCAGUGACACACACUCAGGAGACACUGCAGAGGAGACGGGGCACAGCAACCCACAGAGGGGAGAGGGAAUACCACCAUGCAAAUGAAAGCCGCAGUCCAAUUCAGCACCUCCAGGAAUGCCAGCAACUGCACCAGCGACAGCAGGAUCAGCCAAGUCAUCUUCCCUUUGCUCUACACAUUUCUGUUCCUGGUGGGGAUCACUAUGAAUGGCCUGGCAAUGUGGGUCUUCUUUAAAAUAUCCAGUAAAUCCAAUUUCAUCAUCUUCCUCAAGAACACCGUAAUUUCUGACUUCCUCAUGAUCUUGACUUUUCCAUUUAAAAUCCUCAGUGACGCGAAGCUGGUGUCCUGGGUGCUGCGAGGGUUUGUGUGCCAGGUCACCCAGGUUGUGUUUUACUUCACCAUGUACAUCAGCAUCCUGUUCCUUGGUCUGAUCACUGUGGAUCGCUAUCAGAAAGCCACUUCACCAUUCAGAACAUCAACUCCACGGAGCCUUUUAGCUGCCAAGAUCCUGUCCACAGCAAUCUGGGUGUCGAUGUUUGCUCUCUCGCUACCCAACAUGAUUUUAAAUAAUAAGAAGAAAACUCCCAAGAGCGUAAGGAAGUGUGCCCUCCUCAAAUCAGAGUUUGGCUUAGUCUGGCAUGAAAUUGUAAACUACAUUUGCCAGCUCAUCUUCUGGGUUAAUUUAGCAGUCAUAGUGGUGUGUUACAUCCUCAUCAGCAAGGAACUCUACAAAUCCUACAAAAGGACACGAUGCACAGGGAAAGCAUCCAAAAAGACCGUCAAUCUCAAGGUCUUCAUAAUAAUUGCUGUGUUCUUUAUUUGUUUUGUGCCAUUCCACUUUACCAGAAUCCCCUACACGCUGAGCCAAACGAGAGACGUGUUUGACUGCUCUGCUCAGAACACCCUGUUCUACCUGAAGGAGACCACGCUGUGGCUGACGUCCCUCAACGCCUGCCUGGACCCGUUCAUAUACUUUUUCCUUUGCAAAUCAUUUAGGAAAUCCUUGCUGGACGUGCUGUGCAAGCACAGGGCGGCGCUGGGGCUCGAGGCACACACCAAGGAGCAGAACGAGGGGGAUGACACCGACGAGACGCCGCUCUAGACCUCAGCCCUCCACACGCCCCUUCCCGCCCACAUGCAUCUACUGAGGGUGGCAGGAGCACAGAUCCACAAAGAGUGUGCAGAACCUCAGCUUCUGUAGAAACAGCCCUGCAGAUGAAGCAUGAACACCCUGGAAACGCUGCCUGCAAAAAUAGAAAGCUUAAAUCACAGAGGAGCUGCCCUGAUCCAGCCUCCACCCCUCCCAAAACAGGAGCUCCCCUGAUCCCAACCUCCAUCCCUGCCAAAACAGGAGCUCCCCUGAUCCCAACCUCCAUCCCUGCCAAAACAGGAGCUCCCCUGCUCCAGCCUCCAUCCCUGCCAAAACAGGAGCUCCCCUGAUCCCAACCUCCAUCCCUGCCAAAACAGGAGCUCCCCUGAUCCCAACCUCCAUCCCUCCCAAAACAGGAGCUCCCCUGACCCCAGCCUCCAUCCCUGCCAAAACAGGAGCUCCCCUGAUCCCAGCCUCCAUCCCUGCCAAAACAGGAGCUCCCCUGAUCCCAACCUCCAUCCCUCCCAAAACAGGAGCUCCCCUGAUCCCAACCUCCAUCCCUGCCAAAACAGGAGCUCCCCUGAUCCCAACCUCCAUCCCUGCCAAAACAGGAGCUCCCCUGAUCCCAACCUCCAUCCCUGCCAAAACAGGAGCUCCCCUGCUCCAGCCUCCAUCCCUGCCAAAACAGGAGCUCCCCUGCUCCAGCCUCCAUCCCUGCCAAAACAGGAGCUCCCCUGAUCCCAGCCUCCAUCCCUGCCAAAACAGGAGCUCCCCUGAUCCCAACCUCCAUCCCUCCCAAAACAGGAGCUCCCCUGAUCCCAACCUCCAUCCCUCCCAAAACAGGAGCUCCCCUGAUCCCAACCUCCAUCCCUCCCAAAACAGGAGCUCCCCUGAUCCCAACCUCCAUCCCUGCCAAAACCGGAGCUCCCCUGUUCCCAGCUUCCACCCCUCCCAAAACCGGAGCUCCCCUGCUCCAGCCUCCACGCCUCAGAACUGCCUGGAAAGAAGUCUGAACUAAAAGCUGGAACAGUGAGGAAAAACUUAAAACAGAAUCAUGAAAUGCCACAGAUGAUAUAAUGGACUGUAAAUAUUUUGCAGAAAUAGCUGAACUUGGGCCAGAGUAAAGUCCAUGACAACACAGGAUGUGAGAAAUGCAGAUAAAAUCCACAGGAGAUUUGAUUUUUCAAUACAGGGAGUUGUCACCUCAUAUGCAACUGGCAGACAAAUAGAAGCCUAGGCCAGAUGUAGAGGAGCCAUUUGUGCAGAUUUUUGGUAACAGAAUAACACUUUGCUUAUCUCAUUCUGUGCUCGCAGUUCCUAAUCCAUUGACCAAUAAUUAAUAGUUGCAUGUCAGAGGAAAUUAUUUCAUGAUAAGGCUUAUCUUGAUAUGAAUUAAAUCCCCAAAUCCUUCCCGUGCUACAUAAAUAAACAAAAC